CAUGACGUCACUUGAUUAUUAUCUAUCAACAAUGGAGUUUUCCACUUCAACAAAGAAAUAGCAAAGCCGCUCUUUCCUUGUAACCACCCAAGGGUAGCUCUGCAAUACCUCCAGCUUAGCAUCAAAACUUAAGAAUACUAUCUCAUUAGUAAAAUGAAUAAAGCCCAGGCACAGCUUGUCUUCGUCCCCAUCCCCGUUAUGGGCCACCUUGUAUCCACGGUGGAGGUAGCAAAGCUUCUUCUUACCCGCGAUCACCGCCUCUCUAUCACUGUCCUUGUCCUUGAGCUUCCUCUCACAAACUCUAAGGUUCAGAACUACGUUGAAUCAGUGCAAGAUUCCUCCUCCACGUUAUCCAAUCGCCUUCGAUUUAUUGACUUGUCAAAAGACGGGUCUGAAUUAUUUGAUUUAUCUUCUUUCUUUGAGAGACAAAAACCCAAUGUGAAAGAUGCUGUGUUGAAGAUCACUCAGUCUGAAUCAAGUGUUGACUCACCUCGGCUUGCAGGUUUUGUUCUCGAUAUGUUCUGUACGCCAAUGAUAGAUGUGGCUAAUGAAUUUGGCGUUCCGUCUUACUUUUUCUGUACGUCAGGUGCAGCUUUUCUUGGUUUUGUGCUUUAUGAGCAGAAGAUCCACGAUGAGGCAGAAUUUGACGCCAUUCAGUUCAAGGAUUCAGAUACCGAGUUAUUAGUGCCGUGUUUGAUAAAUCCAUUUCCUGCUAGAAGUACGCCUUCUGCGAUGUUAAACAAAGAGCGGCUUCCUUAUUUACGUAACGCAGCAAGAAGGUUUAGAGAAGCUAAGGGUAUUAUAGUAAAUACGUUUUUGGAGUUGGAAUCCCAUGCAAUCGAGUCCUUUGAAACGCCUCCAUUGUACCCUGUGGGACCCAUUUUGAACGUGGAGUUGGAUGGAAGAAACUCCCACCAGGAAAUUAUGCAAUGGCUUGAUGAUCAGCCUGUUGCAUCAGUAGUGUUCUUGUGCUUUGGAAGCAUGGGAAGUUUUGGUGAGGAUCAAUUGAAAGAGAUCGCUUGUGCACUAGAGCACAGUGGACAUCGAUUCUUGUGGUCUGUACGCCGACCACCACCUCCAGGUAAACAAGCAUUUCCUACUGACUAUGAGGAUCCGCAGGAGGUUUUGCCCGAAGGAUUUUUGGAACGAACAGCUGCGGUUGGAAAGGUGAUAGGUUGGGCUCCACAAGUUGCCAUCUUAGCCCAUCCAGCCAUAGGAGGAUUUGUAUCACACUGUGGGUGGAAUUCUGUGCUGGAGAGCAUAUGGUUCGGUGUUCCAAUUGCCACAUGGCCAAUAUAUGCUGAGCAACAAUUUAAUGCCUUUGAAAUGGUGAUUGAGUUGGGAUUAGCAGUGGAAAUUAAAAUGGAUUAUAGUAAGGAAAGUGGAAUGAUAGUGAAUUGUGAUGAAAUAGAGAGAGGAAUAAGGUGUUUGAUGGAGAAUGAUAGUGAGAAAAGGAAGAAGGUGAAGGAAAUGAGUGAGAAGAGUAGAAUGGCCUUAAUAGAAGGUGGAUCUUCAUACCAUUGGUUGGGUCGUCUCAUUGAAGAUGUGAUGGAUACUUUAGCAUAAAACAUAUAUGAUAUUCUCAAUUAGCGGUGUGUGCAUCAAUUUUGCACACAACUUUUUUAGGAGUAGGAGGGAAUCCAAUCCUAUAGUCAGAGACAGCUUACAAAAGGUUAGAGAUUUAUAAUAAAACUUAUGUAUUCUGUACAUACAAGGAAUUUUAAAAGAUUUCCUGAA